UUAUUAUUAUUGUUAGUCACACACCUGCUAGUAUAUAGUAUUUGUAUAUCCAAUAAUCAAAUUAUUAAAAGGUCCGCAGCACAUUCAUCCUUGCUACGACGUCGUUAGGAGCUUCCAGUCACCUCUCCCAAUUCCAAUCUGCAAAAUGAACGCUUGCAAAACCCUAAUCCGCACUCCCUUAUCAUGCCUGGAAUUCCGAGCUCGAAGCCGAGAUUCAGCUGCCCUACGCAGCUUUUCAUCUUCUUCUCCAAUUUCUUCAGGUCGAAAAUUCAAAUCCCACAAGCCAUUUUCCAUUUCGAGAAGCUUCAGCUCUGCAAAUGCAGUUGUUCCAUUAGAAAUUCCGGAUAGCACAGAGGAAAACGCACCUCAAGAUUCAAAAAAAGACACCGUGCAAGAGCUGCUUUCGAAAGACAGGGACGACAUCUCGAGACUGAUGAAAAUGGAGCGCAUUUCGAGUCAGGGCAGCGAGUCGAAGAAGAGGGGCCGUUGGUUUCCGUAUUUUGAUAGAUAUAAAGCAACCAACGAGUAUUUGAGCAGCGGUGAGGUUUUGCAGGCAAUCGACCCGUAUCUAAUGGACUUGAGAAAGGAAAGGUUUAGGACUGUGGUGAAUAACCGGACCUAUUCGGUGUGUUUGGUGGUUGAGGGUUUAAGUGAUUUCGGUAAUGUUUCGGCUGCUUUCCGGUCGGCUGAUGCGCUCGGGAUACAGUCUGUUCAUGUCGUGUCGUGUGACAGCUCAAGAAGGUACAAAGACAAUCGCCAUGUCAGCAUGGGAGCCGAGAAGUGGUUGGAUAUCGAAAUUUGGUCUUCUGUCAAAGAGUGCUUCGAGAAUCUGAAAGCACGCGGCUAUAGAAUUGCUACGACCCAUCUGGGGACAAAUGCAGUCUCGGUUUACAACGUUGACUGGUCAUGCCCUACUGCAAUUGUAGUUGGGAAUGAACUUAGGGGAAUAAGUGAGGAUGCUCUUAAGCUUUCGGAUUUGCAUUGUAAUAUACCAAUGAGAGGAAUGGUUGACUCGUUUAAUGUUUCAGUAGCUGCAGGCCUUGUUAUGCACCAAGCUGUGUGUGACAGGACUUCGCGCAUGGGUUGUCAUGGGGAUCUAACCGAACCCGAGCGCCAGAUUCUCUUGGCAGAGUUUUAUCUCCGCCACAACUUAAACGCCAUAAGGAUUGCCGAUGAAUUUUCCAAGAGGAAGUUAGCCACAGCAACUUAAAAACCCGUAAAAGCACAGCAAAAUCCAUGUUUGCCUUUGAAAAUCGACCAGAGAAUGCGUGUUACCAAUUUGGAAACUGUCACAUUUUAAUAUGUUUGGGAUGUCGAUUUCAAGUCUAGCCUUGCUAUGAGAGCCUCGGCCAAAAAGGAAAUCCCAUCACAUUCGGGGAAAAAGAAUAGCAGUCAUCGUUCGUAACCCCUUCUGUGAGAUUNCAUUACUAGAAAAAAAAAAAAAAGAAAAAA